AUGCAUAGAGAGGAGACAAAGUGUGUUGAGAAAGCAGUAACGGUGUUGGCGGCCGUGGUGGACGUGGUGGAGGGGGAGGGGGAGGCGGGGUGGAGACGAGCUUCAGCCUGCAAGCCCCAGACGGGCUGGCUCCGGAGGGGCUGCACCCAGGCACAGAGCUGCCUUUGUCAGGGUAAUUAUCCUGACGCUCACCCUGCGCUGGUGGAGCUACUGGGUUCAAAGGCUUGUUUCCUGCGGGACAUCCCAUUCUCAGCCAUCUACUUCCCCUGCUACGCCCACCUUAAGGCUCACUUCUCUGAGGAGGACGGCAGGAUAGGGCCGGCCAAGAUGCUCCUGGCUGGAGCGCUGGCAGGCAUGCCGGCGGCCUCCUUGGUGACCCCGGCUGACGUGAUCAAGACGCGGCUGCAGGUGGCGGCGCGGGCCGGGCAGACCACCUACAGCGGCCUGGUGGACUGCUUCUGGAAGAUUCUCCGAGAGGAGGGACCCCGGGCAUUCUGGAAAGGAGCUGGAGCUCGUGUGUUCAGAUCCUCUCCUCAGUUUGGAGUGACCUUGGUGACCUAUGAACUCCUUCAGCGCUGGUUCUAUGUUGACUUUGGAGGACAAAAGCCGGCUGGCUCAGAGCCCACCCCCAAGUCUCGGAUCAGCCUCCCGGCGCCCAACCCCGACCACAUCGGAGGCUUCAGGUUGGCCGUGGCCACGUUUGCUGGCAUCGAGAACAAGUUUGGGCUCCAUCUCCCACGCUACACGGUGGCCCCCCCCGCUGUGAGCAACCCCUGAACCUCCACGGGUAGCAGGGUUAUUGCAAGAGAGGGCUUGAAUGUAGUAUUUUAAGUAAUUGAUUUUAUUCGUAUUAUCAUAUAUACAUGUUAGUCUAUAUGCAUCCCCAUGGAUUAUUGGAGCGAUUAUCAGACACUCAAAGAAAACUCUUUGUCGGACUAGUGCAGCGUUUGUUUUAAU